CGAAGAGGAGGGGAAAAAAAAGAGGUGCCCGUCAUCAUGGUGCGCAAUGUGGACGACCUGGACUUCUGCCUGUCCUCGCACCCGCAGAGCAUCCUAGAGGGCCUGCGCUCCCUCUGCUCCCAGCCCAAGCUGGUGGACAUCACCCUGAGUGCGGGCGGCCGAGACUUCCCCUGCCACCGCAGCAUCCUCGCUCUCUGCAGCCUCUACUUCCGCUCCAUGUUCUCGGGGGACUUUGUGGAGAGCAUCGCGGCCCGUGUGGAACUCCAGGACGUGGACCCGGACAUCCUGGCAGUCCUGCUGGACUUUGCCUACACGGGCAAGCUUACCAUCAACCAGGGCAAUGUGGAGGGCCUGAUCCAGACCUCCAGUCAGCUGCAGUUCCAAACGGUGCGGACGGUUUGCUGCCGCUACCUGCAGCACCAGAUGGCCGCCACCAACUGCCUGGGCAUAUUAGAGUUUGGUGAGAUCCACGGGUGCCCAGAGGUGGUGGCCAAAGCCCGGGCCUUCCUGCUGGAGAACUUUGAGGCUGUGCAGCAGGGAGAGGAGUUCCUGCUGCUGGAGAAGAGCACACUUGUGGUGUGCCUGAAGGACGAGGGUCUGAAGUACAGAGACGAGCGGUCCUGUGUCCAAGCGGUGCUCACUUGGGUCAGGCAUGAUGCUGAGGCCCGUCUUUGUCAUCUACCAGAGCUGCUGAGUCUGUCUAGACUGCCAUUGCUACCAGAUGCUUACUUUACAGAGACCCUGCUAACAGACAGUUUGGUUCAGAGCUCACCUGCCUGCAAGGACUUAAUAGAGACUGCUCAUAAGGAGAAGCUGGACAUGAGGCCAGGAACUUCCGAGGAGCAAAUCUCCCGAAUCACCCAGCAUAAUCUGCAGGAAGUUCUCUUUGUUGUGGGAGGUCGCUCACUGGAUGACGAUGAAGAUGAGGAUGAGGAGGAUGAAGACACUUUGCCUCCCCAUAACUGUGCCUAUUACGACACAAAGCUUGGCAUAUGGAACCAACUUCCUGACUUUCCCAACUACAACAAGUGGGGUUAUUCUGUGGUCUGCUUAAACAAUGAUGUUUAUAUCACAGGAGGGUCAAGGGGGUCGCAGUCAAACACCUGGUCAACCACGGAGACCUGGAAGUACAUCACUCGCGAGGGGAAGUGGGUUACGGUAGCUCCAAUGCUCCGGCCCAGGACUAACCACACCUCGGCCGCACUCAACGGAGAAAUCUAUGUCAUCGGAGGCACAGCCAGGGAUAUUGUUGAAGUUGAACAUUAUGACCCAUAUAGUGACAGCUGGGCCUGUAUAUCGCCAGCACUGAGAUAUGUCACCAAUUUCACUGCCACUGGCUGCCUUGGAAAGCUAUAUAUCAUUGGCUCCUGUGCAGUGAAGUACAAUGUCUUGACGCUGCAGUGCUACAACCCUGUCAUAGAUGGAUGGAGUAUUAUCUGCUCUCCCUUCAUCCCCAAGUAUCUCUCUUCUCCUUGCUCGGUGUCUGUGGACGGUGUGAUUUACCUCAUUGCAGACAAUACCAAAAAAGUCUAUCUCUAUGACCCAGAUGCCAACAUGUGGCAGAAGGUCCAGUUUCUUCACACCCUCCAUGAGAAUGGGGGACUGGUGGUGGUAGGAGGGAAGCUCUUCGUCACCGGAGGCCACUGGAAGGGCAUGGAAGGGGACUAUGGGGUGGAGGUGGAGAUGUAUAACCGAGGUUCCAACACCUGGAGGGUGGAGAGCUUUCUGCCUCGGCUCUGGCACUACAGUGGCAGCUGCGCCGUGUUCCUUGACCCCUUGCAGUGGACGGAGGUCUUUCCAGAGGAGACCUAACCACACACACACACACACACACACACACACAGACACACAGACACACUGCAUUGUACUCAGGAUACAUUUUAGCCUGUACCCGGGAUGUAUUCACUUGUAGACAGUUUGGACAAUAAGGGGUAUACCUCACAGUUCUUGAUGUAGCCAAUAUAGGUGCUAUUUUAUUAUGUUUUUUAAUAGUGCUGUUUUACAUUUCAUGUUGAUGUUUCUUCGUUUAAUUCAAGCUACUUAAAAGUGUUUAAAUGAGAUGUUUGUACUGAUGGUAGGUGAGAGGUGCUGUAGAAACUAGUCAAACUCUUCCAAUUGUGUGCAUUUCUCAGGUGAUUAAAUUUAGUAAAAAAUGG